AUGGCCCAAGACGGGGCACUCGAGAUGAUGGUAGAGUAUUUAGGGGUUGAUCCAGGGGAGGCGAUGGAUGAGUUGGUUAAAACCAUGGGUGCUCAUGCUAGAUUUAUAUACCUGAAGAAUGUAUAUGAGAAUGUGUUCCUUAGUGCACUACAGGCUGAUGGUGAUGAUGAGCAGGUGGCGCUCCACAGAUCGCAUGUAUUGAGAGCAUACCUGCUUUAUUUGGUUGGCACUUCGAUUUUUGUGGACAAGAGUGUCACCUACACAGACGUCGUCUACCUAUGUUACUUCGUGGAUUUCGAGCGGAUCCAUGAGUACAAGUUCGACUUGUCUUGUCUACCUGUAUUUGAAGCCGAGAGAGGAUUGUAUGUGAAAGACGAAGCAGGUCGCAGGCAGCGUGACACUACUGACGGUAAUAAUUAUUGGUCUUUGAAUGUUUCUUUGUCAUUUUCAUUUCAUCUUUGCAAAUCCAUUAUUGAUGAUUUAUGUGUUCCAAACAUUUCAUGUCAGGGUUGGAUCCUCCAACACUUUUCGUGCAUCUCUGGUUGGGCGAGUGUACAUGAUUACACUGAAGAUAUGUUGCGUGCUACUGCUUUUAUCCCACUCAGAGGAAACCAGGCGAUCGAGCCUUACCGGCUCUAUCUUGACUGUUUGGUUGUUAAGGACAUGCACUUCAACAGCUAUGUUAAUCACCGUGAGACGUUGUCAUUUGACGAGAUGAUUUUACACUCUGGAUGGUUGUCAUGCGGAUCACGUCUCAUUGCUCCUCAUAUGCCCGAGCACGACAUACGGCAGUUCGAAUACACUCAUACCAUUCCCAGACACCCUGUUGUCUCUGCUCCUCCUGCCUUGACAUGUAUAUAG